GCUUGAGACAGAAGAUUCAGAGAAGCAGGAAGCGAAUGGGAGGAGAAUGGAGGAUUUAGCCAGAACUUUUUAAAGACAAAAAAAAGGCAGCAAAACAAAGUGACAAUGUGGAACUAGCUACGUUUUGGAUACUUUACAUUUGCACUUAAAGUGGGAGCCCAGCACUUAUUAAACAGGACCACAUCCAACUGGAAACAUGUCCAAUCGACACUCUGAUCCUUCAGUAGGGGAGAAAUCUUACCUUCUAUUAGAUAAAAAGAAUGGUACAGAUUUUAAGUUAAGUGCCAGGUCCACCUCCUCUCUGCAGCGGAAAAGUUUAGAUGCCUUGGAUAAUGCCUCCUAUUUGCCAGACCCUACUCCAUCUCCUGUGGAAGCCCGCAGAAUAAUUCUGAGCACACAGAGUCCAGCUGCCCUAAAGGUUGGAACUCAACAAAUGAUCCCAAAAGGCUUAGCGGUAGCUACAAGGACCAAGGUUCCACGUCAUCACAGUUUUGCUGCAACAACUUUUAGCAAAGAUUUUGCUCGCAAUGACCCCAAGAGGGUGUCUGCUCCAGAUAUUUGUUUGGACUCUCCAGAAGAUGAUCCAGAUGUUGGUGGAACAUUGAAAAGAAAUCUAAGAAAUCAGUCUUAUAGGGCUGCUAUGAAAGGAUUUAAGAACCCUGAAGAUGAUGAACCGCAAAAGCCUAUAUCAACUUUAAAACCAGUAUCUGAAGAUCCAAAUGCACCUCCCCCACGGAGCCCUGGUAGAUCCAAGAAAACUUUUGGAAGAAAAAAAAUGCAGAGGCACGCAGGUUCCUUCAAAGAUGAUCCCAGGUUAUAUCAAGUCAUCAAGGAAAGAGGUCUUGACUCCAAUAUUCAAGAAUCUGAUGAGGAUCUUUUGGAAGAUAACUCUUCCCAAGUAGGGCAGCCAACUCCUGAUGAUACCAUAGUGGUCCGGAAUUAUCGUCCUACUCAGGUUAUCUGGAGUCAAUUACCACAGGUACAAGAAUCUGGAAUUCUGGAGAGGAUUUCACCUGAAGAACGUAAACGUCAAGAGGCAAUAUUUGAGAUAAUUACUUCAGAGUUCUCCUAUCAACACAGCCUGGAUAUCCUCGUCCGUUUCUUCCAGAAGUCUGAAGAAUUAAAACAGACAAUUACUGUGACAGAACGACAUCACCUAUUUUCAAACAUAGUGGACAUCCUAGAGGUCAGCAAAAGAUUUUUUGAAGACUUGGAAGUCAGACACAAAGACGAUGCAUUUAUUCACGACAUUAGUGAUAUUGUGGAAAACCAUGCACUGAACUACUUUCAUCCGUAUGUUAUUUAUUGCUCCAAUGAAAUGUACCAACAGAGAACGCUGCAAAAGUUGCUAACCUCAAAUGCUGCUUUUAAAGAGGCGCUAAAACAAAUAGAAAUGAAGCCAGAAUGUGGUGGGUUACCCAUGAUCUCUUUCCUCAUUCUCCCAAUGCAGAGAGUUACACGGCUCCCACUCUUAAUGGAUACCAUUUGUCAGAAAACCAGAAUGAACAGUCCUGAAUAUGAAGCAACUACACGAGCCCUGAAGGCGAUCAGUAAGUUGGUAAAGCAAUGCAAUGAGGGAGCACGUAAAAUGGAGAGAACAGAGCAAAUGUACACCCUACAAACACAGCUAGAGUUUGGAAAGAUCAAGCCAUUCCCACUCAUUUCUGCUUCUCGCUGGUUGUUAAAAAGAGGAGAGCUUACCCUUGUGGAAGAAUCUGGAAUUUUCCGAAAAGGAUUUGGAAGAUCUUACUGCUAUCUCUUACUGUUCAAUGAUGUUCUUAUAAUAACCAAAAAGAAAAGUGAUGAAAGCUAUUUGGUAACAGAUUAUGUCAAGAAGGAUCAUUUGGCUGUUGAUAAAAUGGACAAUGAAGAACCCCAAACUUCCCCCACCACAAAGACAGCGACAGUUGGCAACCGAAGUCCGACUGCCCCUUACAUGUUUUAUAUAACUAUGAAAAAGAACAGCGAAGGAAAACGGGAGCAGCUAUUGGUGGCAGCUGACACUUUGAGUGAUCGAGCGAGGUGGAUCACCGCACUUGAGAGUAAAGAAGAAACAAAAGAUGAUAAUAAUAAAAGAAAGAGGGAAGGGUUGCAGCAGGUUGAAAUAAUUAAAGCCUAUUUGGCUAAGCAGGCCGAUGAAGUUUCUCUCCAGCAAGCUGAUGUGGUUCUGGUCCUACAAGCGGAAGAUGGAUGGUAUCGAGGUGAGCGGUUACGAGAUGGCGAAAGAGGUUGGUUUCCGCAGUCCUGCGCACGGGAAAUCACUAACCAAGCAACUGUUGCUUGUAAUGUUCAACGAAUGGAAAGGCUGAGAAUUGAAACAGAUGUGUAAACAAAACAUUCGA